ACAUGACGCAUCAUCUGUGUACCCUUCCGGGACUUGUAUGCUUUUGUGUUCCCUUCUCCUAACCAAACGAGCUCCCUCAGAGUAUCCUCAUUGGAUGCUACGGACUGAAGAGCAACGCAAUCCCAAACAUCAAGUCAAAGAGUAGAGACGUGGAAGAUGAGGAGAGGAAAUCCAUGCCACGACGAGCAACUGUAACACAAAAGAAAAUGACGUGUCCCGCGGACAUCACUAUUAAAGCGCUUCACCCUCAGAAGCACGAUCCCCUCCAAGUUAAAGAGGAGGAGGAGUGGGAGAUGCCGUACAUCAAGCUGGAGGCGGAGCCAGAGACCCCCAGCAUUAAAGAAGAAGAACAGGAAGAUGAAAUCCCUAAGUUUCCAAUGACUGUUAGUGUGAAGAGUGAAGAAGAUGAAGGUCCAAGCGAAGAGAGUGGAGCCGUGAAACCUUGGAUGGACACCUCACUUCAACACCUGACAACAGAAGGAGAGGGACGAUCACAACCGGGCGGUCUCUUUGCACCGCUCUCGGACAGCGAGGACGUAACGUCACACUCUUCUGACUUUAACACUGAUGAGGAGGAUGGCGACUUUGACCAAACUGCUUCGAAAUCCAUCAACGGGUCAGCAAUGAAAAUAGCCACAAAAGCGGUUGGGAAACCUUUUACCUGCUCACGUUGUGAUAAAACAUUUUCUCAGAAACAUCACUUAAAAAGACACAUGCAUACACACACCGGGGAGAAACCUUUCGGCUGCACAUACUGUGGUAAACGAUUUGCUGAAAAGGGAUAUUUGAUUGAGCACACAAGAAUGCACACCGGAGAGAAGCCUUUCGCCUGCUCGUUUUGCGAGAAAAGAUAUUCUCAGAAGAGUCGGUUAGAAGAACACACGCGUAUACACAGCGGAGAGAAGCCUUUUGUCUGCUCAAUUUGUGGUAAAAGAUUCACUCAGAAGAGAAUUUUAAACGCACACGCAAUAUUGCACACUGGAGAGAAGCCUUUUAUCUGCUCAAUUUGCGGUAAAAGAUUCGCUCAUAAGACAACUUUCAACAGACAUGCAAGAACACACACUAGAGAGAAGCAUUUUUUCUGCAUAUGUUGUGAUAAAAAAUUCAUCGAGAAGGAUCAAUUAAACCAACACAUAAGAACACACGCUGGAGAGAAGCCUUUUGUCUGCACAUCUUGUGGUAAACGAUUCACGGAGAAGGGAAGUUUAAACCGACACAUUAGAGCACACAGUGGAGAGAAGCCUUUUGUCUGCACAUUGUGUGGUAAACAAUUCACUUUGAAGGGAAGUUUAAACAAACACACGCGUAUACACACUGGAGAGAAGCCUUUCGUCUGCACGUCUUGUGGUAAACGAUUCACUGAGAAGGGAAGUUUAAACAAACACAUAAUGACACACACUGGGGAGAAGCCUUUUGUCUGCACAUAUUGUGGUAAACAGUUCAUUAGUAAGGGAGGUUUAGACAAACACACACCCACACACACUGGAGAGAAGCCUUUUUCCUGCUCACUUUGCCAUAAAAGAUUCUCUCGGAAACCACUACUAAACCAUCACACUAAAACACACACUGAAGAGAAGCUUUUUACCUGCUCACUUUGUGACAAAAGAUACUUGACGAAAUCAGAUUUAAACGAUCACACAAGAACACACAAUAAGCCUUUUGCCUGCUCUCUAUGUGAUAAAAGAUUUUGUCGUGAGCAACAGUUAAUAACACACACGCGUACACACACCGGGGAAAAGCCCUUUCUCUGCACUUUUUGUGGGAAAGGAUUCACCCAGAAGGUGCUAUUGAUGCGUCACACAAGCGCACACACUGGGGAAAAGCCUUUCGCCUGCACACUUUGCGAUGAAAGAUUUUCUUGGAAGCAUCACCUAACAUCACACACGCGUACACACACCGGGGAAAAGCCUUUUCCCUGCUCAGAUUGUGACAAAAAAUUCUCCCGGAAAGAAGAUUUAAAUAAUCACGCAAAAACACACACCUAAUUUACUUACUGCUUACAAGGCAGGAACGCAGCCUAGCUUGAAGCACUUCUUAAAACCCAGUGAGCAGUACUACUAAGAUGCAGGCUGACGUAUUACACUCACAAUAAGAAUUUGUCACGAACAUAAGACAGAAACUGUCGCAUUGUCGUCUCGUCAGAGGAAAACUGGCAAUCGUCUCGUUAUGUUAUCGUUGUCCAGGACACUGUUUUAGCUCUCCAUCAUCAUGUUAUCGUCAUGAAAAAAUUAUUUGUCUGUGAAAUAUUUUCAUUAUCGUCACCGUUGACGAAAACAACAAUGCUAUUGAAUCAUGGUCGCAUUAAGUUGUACUAACAACACAAACUAUAUAUGAUAUAUAAGUAGAGAUGUCCCGAUCAAUCGGUGUCCGAUCACGUCAUUUUCAAAGUAUCGUAAUCGGCAAAAAAAUAUCGGCCAUGCCUUUUAUCAAUAUAUAUAUAUAUAUAUAUAUAUUUUAAUUAAAUCGUUUUCUAAUUAUAUUUAACGUUACAGACAUAAUAUGUUACACUCAUCCAUAGUCUUUAGGCUUAAGGUAGGGUUAUCAAAAAUAUCCUGAUAACGGCGGCAAUUGAUUUAUUAAAUGUGUCACGUUAAAAUAUUUAAAGCAAUUAAUGUAUGCGCUGCACGACCCUCUCACUCAUUGUCGCGCUCAAUCUGUAAUGACGCCAUUUUACCUAUAUAGAGAGAUAAAAGGCAGCGCAAAAUGAGUAGAGUGAAUUUUGGGAGCCUUUGGAGCCUUUUUUAAAUUGGCUAAAGCUUUGCAAUCCCUCUCCCAAUGAUUAAAAAUAUCAUGGGAAGCAAUGUGGGGAAGCAAGGUGGCAAUUGAUCUUUGUCUUAACACCUUAAGUUAUUUCCCAACGCAGAGAAGAUAUAUCCUUUGGUAGCACGACGCACAGUCAUGGUUCCACUUCCCAUCAUGCAUUUGGGAUGGCCACAGUAUCAUUUACUGAAAGCUCAACAAAUACACCAGAUGGCAAUAUUUAGUCACAAUAUACAAAGUUUUUCUAUCCGUGGAUCCCUCUCACAGAAAGCGUGUUAAUAAUGUAAAUGCCAUCUUGAGGAUUUAUUGUCAUAAUAAACAAAUACAGUACUUAUGUAUUGUAUAUUGAAUGUAUAUAUUCGUCCGAGUUUUAUUCAUUUUUUCUUAAUGCAUUGCCAAAAUGUAUAUGAUCGGGAAAAAUUAUAGGGAAUGAUUGGAAUUGAAUCGGGAGCAAAAAAAAAGCAAUCAGAAUCGGGAAAUAUCGGGAUCGGCAGAUACUCAAACUAAAACGAUCGGGAUCGGAUCGGGAGCAAAAAAACAUGAUCGGAACAACCCUAUAAAUAAGUAUACUUAUGUAUUAGCAGCAAUGUUUUUUGGCAGCCUUUUUAAUUUUCUUCUGUCUUUUGGAUGAUAAUAAUUAUUAGUCUUAGUCAUAUUUUCAUUAUCUCAAAAUGUUUUUGUCAUAGGUUGAGUUUGCAAAAAUGUUGAUAACCCCGAAAAGCUUGGUCAGCAAUAAAACUUACAAGAUAUAUGCUCAGAUAGUAGCUUAGCCCGUGCUCGUACAUACAGGCAUCCCAGCUGUGUGUUCGUGUGUGAGCGCGUGCAUUUUUCUGUCUUACCUAGUGGAGAAGUAGACGCUGAAUCCUUUUUGACUGAAUAUUCCAGCCAGGGACAUUUACAAUAAUAUGUUAAUGUUUUUUUCAAUGUUAUGUUUUAUUUUUUUGUCACUAUCAAUCUUUUCAAUUAGUAUGUAGAUGUGUGCGUUCGAGAAGCUUGAUUGUAUGUAUGUGCUCUUGAUAAGGUAAUGGGUGCAAUACCUAACUCAGGGGUGGGCAAACCGGUCCUCAAGGGCCGCAGUGGGUCCUGGUCUUUGUUACAACCGAUCCAGCACAAGCAGUUUAACCAAUGAGAGGUCUGGGGAAACACGAAGCACCUGACUGCAAUCAACUGAUUUUAAGAAACCAGACUGGUGCAAAGGUGUCCUCUUGAUGGGUUGCAAAGAAAGCGGCCCUUUGUGGAAUAGUUUGCCCACUCCUGACCUAACCUCACAAAUAGAUAUCCUCUAAACCCUUUUUGUUAGAUGAUAUACAGUAUAUAUAUAUUAUUUUUUUUCACUAUUUUACACUGUUGGUCUCCUGUGUAUAACCUGUUUUGAACAUAGAAUAGUGAUCCCUCGCUACUUUGCGCCCUCAGUCCAUUGCAGAUUUUUUUUCCAAUUAAAAAAUUAAAAAAUAUAAAUAAAUGUAUUUUAUAGAGCUAUUCUGAUCACGUAGUCUCUCACUCUGGCUCCAGCCGCUUUUCUUGGUCAGGCAGUGCGGCAGAGUUGCUUAUUAAAGUUAACGAUGAUUUACAGACGUUAAGAAUUGAUUUUGCCAGAGACGCUUGUAAGCCGAAACUUCAAACCGCCUCAUACGUGUAUCAUCGUUUAACUUGUUAAACUGUUGCUGUGGCAACUCAUUGUGAGCAGCUUAAAGUGGAUUUGAGUGGACUCACUCAAUUAAGAAUUUAAUAAAGACAUGCAUUGUUAUACUUUAGCCUUGUUUAAAAAUAAUUUGGUGGGACUGUAACAUGUUUAAAAGUUAUUACAAUUUAUUUGAAGUGCUUAAAAAACAUUAAAAUAUAUACAAUAUAUAGUUUCCUAUGCUAAAUCUGGAAAAAAAUACAUUGAACAUGCAAAAAAAAAAUUUGGGGGGUGGGAUGGUGCUACUCCGUGGUUUGCACUCAUCGCGGCGGCUUCUGGUUGCCAUUAACCGCGAAAAACAAGGGAUCACUGUAUGUAGAAUGAGCAAAAACGCUGAUGACCUUACCUGCUGUUUCUGUUGAAUUAUUAAAUGUAAAACAGUCUCAUAUUUUUCUGUUGGAUGUUUAUCCAAACAAGUUGAAUAGAUAGAAGCUUCAAAACAUUUCGUUGAGCGUGUUUGAUCGUCAGUGGGACAUCAAUCUUACAAAUUUUGACAAAACAUUUAGGGAUUUUUUUUGUCUUUUUGGGUCCAAAUGUGGAUCAGUGAAGAAAACAACAAUUUGGACAUGAAGGUUAUCGUGUCCUGAAUAAAAGGGACCCAAGCAGGCCACUGUGAACAUUUUUUUCUUCAUCAAAGGCAUGCAAAUUCAGACAAAAUAGGCUCAGGUGUUAAAGGGUUAACCCUAUACACUAUGCAUUCUUCAAAGGGGGAGGUGUCCCUUUGAUUUCUCUGGUCCAUAAUAUCUGUUGUGCUCGUCAUAAAGACGUAUUUUUUGACCAGUUAAUAGACUAGUAGUAGUUUUUUCAUACAACACCAGAUGGCAGCACGGUUGCAUCGUAACUAAACAAGUUCUGCCGAGCCGACUGGAAAAAUCAAGUUUCUCUCUGCAUGGAAUAAUCAAUAUUAAUCACAAUUAUUGUUUUGUCUCUAUAUAACACGUAAAGAUGUUUAGCUUUGUUUAUUUUGUCAUAUUGUUUCGGAGCACAACGUCAUCUGUAUGAACUGUUAUUGAAGAAAUAAAGCUUUUCUGCCAAUUGCUUCAAAGCUUCGUAGUGAUUCAUUUGCUCUUAAGUGGGCUUGAAGCCCAAGAGGUCAACAGUGUUGAGAAUUCUAUAGCCAUUUGUUUGGGAAAAUGAUAGGAAUGUGCUUGUGUUACUAUAUGGACAAAAUGCAACAAGUGCUAUUAGGAUAACUUGUUAGUCAGUUUUAUUUUCAAAUAAUAAUAGUUUUCCUACAGUGGUUAGAUUUAAUGUUAUUCUUUUUCUUUGGAAAGUAUUUCACUAGUUUAG